AUGUCUUUCAGGACGGAGAUGGGUUUUUAUUAUUCUUAUUAUAAAACUGUGAUCGAGGAGAAGCAGUUCCUUGCCGGCAUUGCACGCCUGAUGUACGAUAAGCUCGUAGAAUUUCCCAAAGAUGUGAAUGCUUUGAACCGAUUUAAUAUUGCACCGGAGGUAAUGAUAGCAGCUAUGUACAGAUAUUUGGAGCCCUGGUUGAAUAGUUCUGAAUAUAAAGAGUGUCAUAUGGUUGAACGAGGAGAAGAUUACAGUUCAGUAGAGAGUUGUGUAGGCCUCGGAGAACCAGUUUACUUCUAUCUUGAGGUCAUUUGGUGGAUGGCUGGAUUCACUGUCGCUGUACUCUUCUUACAAGCUACAGUACUCAGUCAAAGUAUCCUCGGUGGCGUGUUCGCGGUGGUUCAGUAUUUCGCGAACCACGCGGAGAGUACCAGGGUGCAGUGGGCUCCAAAUGAGAGGGAAAACUUCGCGGCCCCACUACUUAUAGCGCAAACCUGGCUGCUUAGUAUGCAGUUGCGAGAGAAAAACAGAAAUACCGUUUUACAAUUACAGGUAUCAAUAUUUGUAAUAAAUGUGCUAUGUUUACUCUUCUGGCAGUUCACACAAUUCAUUUUCCUGACGCAGACCGCCAUUUUCUUUAUGAUGGAGCAAUUGAGGAUAAUUGACAUAAAAUCACUGUCUAUAUUCCUGCAUUUGCAUUUCUGUAGCCUCCACACAGCGAUACUUCUUCUCCAAGGCAAUGAUAUGCUAAAAUCGUCUUUAUACGCAUCAUUUUUUUUGGUUGUCUCCAUAUACUGUCUGUUCUUUAGUUCUUUACGCAUUAAGGUUCAAAAUCGCUUGGAUUUAUAUGUUGAAACCUGGUUAGUUAUGCUCAGGGUAUCCUUGGUUGUGCUUGGUUCGUUCUAUUUCAAGAAAUUGAUCAGCGAAUCGCUUCAAUUGGAAGAAGAUUCUCACGUUUGGGACAUCUUGUAUUCAAAAUUUAGCGAUUAUAAGAAUUUCCAUACAAUGCUAUACACUUGUUCUGAGGUUUUUGACUUUCUGCCGUUCAGUUCGGUUAUAAAUAUGACCACUACUCUCUUAAUUCCUACGGUUAUUGCCGCAACCUGUGUGAUAAUAUGCCAUUGGUUGUCCGAAGCUAUGAAUAAAUAUAGAAAAGACCUAGAAGAAGUCUCGAAAAGCACAAAAAACGCUAAAAUUGAGGACGAAGACAGUGGAAUAGAAAAUAACACGGAUGUCGUCAAGAAAAAAGAUUUGGAUGUAAUUAUAAAGAAAAUUAACACCAAAAUUGAUACACGAGAAGCCGGGGCCAGUGGCAUAGUCUUGUAUCUGAGAAAUCUUAAGAUAGAUCCUGCGAUAUUUUACAAUUUAUCCCAAAUGGCGGUGUACGGUGUCAUGGCGGCGCUCGUGAUGCGACUUAAAUUGCUUUUUUCAACUCAAAUGUGCAUUUUCUCAUCACUGAUAGCUAAUAGGGAUUAUUAUCCGAUUUCCAGGAAAUAUAAGAAUUACAUUCCAUUUCUAUACGCUGUCAUGAUGAUACCAGUUCUUGUGCAGUUGAGGACCAAUAUUGACAAGGAAUUAGCUAAUAUAGGUGAAUUCAGCGACUACCCUCAAGAGGAAUUAUUAUCAUGGAUCAGUCGCGAGGCGGGUGCUGGCUCGUUCGCGGGUUCGAUGCCCAUCCUAUCAGCCGUGAUGCUCAGCACACGACGGCCGGUGGUCGCGCACCCACACUACGAGCACAAACACGCACGACAGAGGGCGUAUUCUGUGUACAAGUUGUAUGGAAGAUUUCCUCCGAGCGAGUUGUACCAGGAACUGAAUAAGCUUAGAGCCACUUACCUCAUAGUUGAAGACAAGUACUGCUAUGGAAAGAGCAAUAGAGGGUGCUCCUUCAAGAGUAUCUGGGACACAGAGGCGCCCCACUUAUCCUCGCGGCCGUCCCUGUGUCACACGCUACUCACUCAGCCGGUGGAACACUUCUACAGGGUGUUCAGAAACACGCACUACGCUGUGUUCAGGAUUCACGACUUCGAAGUACGUUACAUGCCGCGUAGUUUCGACACUUGA